CUAUCCAAAGAAACACCACUAGUGUUCCUGGAGAGCUCCGCUUGUCUCACCGCCGUACUUGGAGAGUUCUGCCUGUCUUAUCGCCGUACAAAAUAGCUACUGAAUAAAAAUCGCAGCGUGCUUCCUCAUCUUGUCAGCGUUGGCGAGGACAUAAAUUAGGUAUUUUCCUGACAUUUUCUCAAUAUUAUUAUCAAAUCAUUUCGCUAGCUAGGGCUUCAAAGAUGCCUGAUUGGUCGAAACUUCAAAGUGAUCUUCUGGGUGUAAUUCUUGGUCGUAUGGAUUUGAUUGAGGACUAUCUGAAUUUCAGUAGUGUAUGUAAAUCCUGGCAUUCGGUGGCCAAGGAGCACAGGUUUAUCAGUAAUUUGCCUAGGGCUCCAUGGCUAAUGCUAGCCGAGAAGGAUGAUGGUGACGAGGAUGAUAAUACCUGUAGGAAAUUCUAUAGUUUCUAUAAUGACAUGAUUUUUAAAAAGAGAAUUCCGGAAGCCCAUGGGAAAAGAUGUAUGGAAUCUAUGGGAUGGCUUAUCACUGUAGGAAAAGAAGACGGUGAAAUCAGUCUGUUACAUCCUUUUUCGGGUGUACAAAUCCAGCUGCCCCAUCAAAAUACCACAACACUUUAUGAAUUCAAUCGCACUCGCUUUCCAUGGAUUUUUAUCAAGAAAGCUGUUCUCUCAGCUAAUCCUUCUCAUACACCUGACUAUGUUCUUAUGGUCAUUGAGGGAAAAACCGAGCGCCUGAGUUUUUGGAGACCAGGAGAUUUGUUAUGGACCAGGAUUACCAAGCCGAUCCGCUUUGGAUAUUUUAGUGAUGUGAUAUAUUUUAAUGGCAGCUUUUAUGCGAUCACUUAUGGUGGUUGCAUCCAAGUUUGUGAUUUCAUGGGCCCUGAGCCUGCUAGUAUUCGUAUAAUAAUGCAGAUUGCACGAUUGAUUGAUUGUAAGUAUUACAUCCUAGAAUCACUAGGAUCAUUAUUUGCAGUCGCGCAAAGUGGUUUUGGUUUAAGGUAUGUCGAAGAUGAUAGCGAAAGAAUUCGUUUGACGUUCAUCCCAGCUAUAUAUGAUCAUGAUGAGGUUAUACAGUGCAUGUCCGGAACAAUUUUUUUUUUUGUUUUCAAGAUUGAUUUAGAUGCUCACAGAUAUACGCCAAUCUGGGAUUUAGGGGACAGAGCUUUUUUCCUGGGUGCUAAUGCUUCUUUUUCAGUCCAAGCCUCUCAAUUUUCGGGAAUCAAGCCCAAUCAUAUUUAUUUUACAGAUAAUUGUUUAGGUGCAUACCUCCACUCUGAAAGAGGCGGCGGCUUGGACAUGGGGAUGUUCAACUUAGCAGAUAGUAGUUUCCAGCCACAUUAUGAUGGUGUUUCCCUCAGUCGUGUUUGUCCUCCAAUUUGGGUCACACCAACUCUGUGCUGAGUUUUGGCCAUUUAUUUACCGUCCACAUUUUCUUGACAGACAUCCAUUGAUCCAUCAAAUCCAGUUACAUCUGCUGAUGUUCAUAAGAUUUUUGAGAAUCUUGCUCAGAAGUGCAGACGCAAAGCUUCAUUUGUUUUGGAUGUUCAAGAAUGUAGCAUAAUUUGCAGCUACACAUCUAGCAUUGUGAUUGGCUGGUUGGUCAGAUCUUCCGCAGGAAUUAGUGAGUUUGAUAGCUCAUUGUCUUGUUACGUUACUAAUAAAGUCCGAGUCACAUGUGUUUGUACUUCAUGAAGGUCAAUAUUACCAACUAUUUCUAGUAUUAAGGGAGUUCAGCCAUGGUUGUUGCUGUCUCGUGAUGAUUAUUCAAACGAAAAAUAUGUAAGGUUUCUUAUUAGCAUACAUGAAAGAAGAGUAGGUCACAGAGGUCCUUGGUAAUGAGGAGUUUCGCCGUUCUUCCCAUGGAUGAUUAGGGUUUAUUAAAAAUGACACUUCUAAAAUCACUUUGUUAGUCUGUUUAACCCAAUCAUUAGGGUUGAAAUCACCCUUCCAGCAAGGGUCAAGUCCCCUUAUCUGUGAAAGUAUUGUGCAAAGAAGCUUGACUGGAAGGGUGAUUUCAGUGUAUCUGCAAUUGUUUCAUUGAUGAUUUUGGAUUUGUGAUGGAUUUUAGAUAUUCUGGACGGGAACGAUGCAGAAAAGGAAGGUGAGCUUGUUUGAUGUAGUGGAUGACUCGUCGGCAUUGGCGAAGAAAGCCAAUGGAAGCUUAAAUGGUGGGAACAGCAUGACACCUUCGAUCAACAAGUUGUCCUAAAAGUCUUACUCCCAGAUAUUUUAUGAGGUUUUUGGAGGAGAGGAAGACUCUUCCGUUAUGACAUUAAAAAGAGGAGUUCUCAAGCUGAUGAAUAUCCAAUCAUUUGGCUAUGCUGUCUACGUCGCUGGCUGUCGUCACCAGGCAAUCCGAAUCAUCUCUCCCUCACUCUAUCUCUAUAUCUUCUCCCUCGGUUUUGAUUUGUCUUUAUUGUUGAUGGCUCUCUUUGUGUCUUAGCUCUCAACCUUGCCUCUCAUCAGUUUAUAUAGUCGCGGGCUUACAUACUAGAGCUCAGUUUUGGUUUGGUUUUUCUCCCUUUUCAUUAUUUUUCUAUUUUAGUUUUUUUGUUGAUUUUCAAUUUCUAAUAACUGUUUUGUGCAUCUAGUGGUUUGCUUCAGAUUAUGUUCAAUUUCUUUAAUGAUUCUUAUAAUACAAGUACCAAAGUAUUUGUAUGUUAUGGGGUUGAGAUGGAAUAUUUAGCAUCCAUCGCCUCAGUGCGUUUGAUUAAUUUAGCAGAGUGAGGGUUGUUAUACUUUACUACUUUCUCAGAAAAUGACACUGCUUUAUAAUUCUAAUGAAAAUUUGCCUUUUCGUUCCCUUCUAAUGUGUACAUACUGUCAUUCUUUGGUGGAUUUAGUAAUAAUUAUGUGGGAGUAAACCAAAAGCCUUCAAAUUGGAGGACAAGAUUAUGUAAUAAGUGGGAGGCUUCUGGCUAUUGUUCAUUUGGCAGCACAUGUCAUUUGUCGUGGAUUAUGAGAAUAUUGUUUAUCCAUUUUCAUGGCUGCGGAUGUUGAAGUCUGUUCAAUUUCAAUGGAUAAUUACUUACCUUUUUUUAUGUUGUUUCUCUAUAAUCAUUUUCAGAAAAUAACUGAGAUGGAUCACUCACAUGGGGCUCUUGUACUGGUAGAUAACAGUAUUAUGUCCCCUGUACCGUCCCAUCCUUGACCUUGGAGCAGAUAUUGUGAUGCAUUCAGCAGCUAAGUCUAUGUUUAGCCAUAGUGAUCUGAUGGGGGCGUAUUUGUCAUUAUAGGAGAAAGGUUUUUCUUCUUUAUAUGGUUUCAAGGUUUGAUUUACACUUAUCAUAUGUUUUCUCUUCAUCCUUAGUGCCCUUGAGGGUCUUUCAUGGCCAAAACUAUCAGAUUACCCUGAUUGAACGGAAAAAAGAAAAGAAAAACAACCUCUUAUUAAAAUGCUAGUCAAGCAGAUUUUUUUAACCCUCCCUAGGAGCUCCCACCCCUUUUGCUCCCCUUGGUAACUCGAACUCGCAACCUUUGGGUUGGAAGUGAGGGGUGCUUACCAUCCGAGCAACUCCCUCUCGUCUCGUCUAGCAGAUUCAAUUACCCGAAGUCUCAAUUACUUACAAUUGGUCUCUUGGGAAAUUAUUAAUUUACCUUAAUGGAACUAUCUAAACAAUAGUAGCUUGGAGUGCAAAAUUCUUAUUUUACUUGGAAACAGAUAAUAGUACAUGCUAUUAUUCUAAAACAUAUAUAUCUUUUUAUAAAGGUGACAAAUUAUGUAACCUUCUUGUUAGGUCAUUUCUCUUCAAUCACGUGAAGAUUCUCAGGGGUUAGAUCACUACCAUACCUUUUUAAUUUAUCUAGUGAACAUAGGCUUUGAGUGUGUACUAGCCGAGACUAUGACAUAGGCUUUGAGUGUGUACCAGGGGAGACUAUGUGGGAACAAAUUUCUAUCGCUUUCCCCCUACACUUACAAGCAAAUAAAUUCACAUUUUUUAAACAUAUCUUGUUCAGAUAAUGUGGUAAUGUAUUGCCUGUCUGAAGUUGGGCCAUUACACAUUUGACAUUUGUAACCUGGGUGUUGUGUAAAGUACAAAUUGCAACCCUUUUACAAGUCUGAAGCUGUAUAUGAUAAGGUCCUUUACGCAGGCGUGACUUGCUUUUUUCUGAAGACAGUGGCUGCCCCAUUAGACGACUGUGAAGUAUAAGAUUAGCUUACCCACUCGUCCGGAUAUUCAAAUUAUGUACUCCUUCCGUUUCAAUUUGUUUGUCUUACUUUCCUUUUUAGUCCAUUUGAAAAAGAAUGCCUCUUUCUUUUUUGUCAAUUCUUUAAUUUCAACUUUCAACAUGACAUGAUUUAGGCCGCAAGAUGAAAGAACAUUUUGCUAUAUUUUACAUAUCGUUAAUUUAAGACCACAAGAUGUAGAAGUCUUCUUUAUUUUCUUUAACUCUGUGCCAAGUCAAAACAAGGCAAACAAAUUGAAAGGGAGGGAGUAUGUAACUUAUGAAAAUCAACUUGGCAAAGAAUGUGUACUUCCUUCAAAAUGCAGAAGGUGCAGGCCUACCCCCAUUUGAUUGCUGGCUUUGUUUAAGAAGCAUUAAAAUGAUGGUGCUGCGUGUAGAAAAACAGUAGCGUCUAGCUCUCAAGAGCUUGGUUGACAUAAGCAUGGAGUCAUUACUCCUCUCUCAGAGCAAUUGACAAAGCCAUUCGUCCAUUACCCAAUGCCAUGAUUUGCAUUACUCUGAAGGAGUUGUUUGGUGGUGCCCAUAAUCUUCUUCCAAUAGGUACGCAGUUGGUUGUGCCUGUGUGGCGCUGAAUCACAAAACGAGUUGGAAAUCCUAAUCGUCUUGGAACUUCCAAUAAGACGAGUUGGAAAACCUACUCAUUUUGUGACGAUGAAUCAGAUGACGAGUCUGAAUGUGCAAUUUGGAACUUCCAGCAAGUAAUUCAACUGAGACUCAGAAAUCUUCAACUGUUGGCAAAGACAAACAAGUACCUUUAUAAAUAUAUGACUUUCUUCUAUACUUUACUAGUUAUUGAGCUCCAUUCCUCUUGCAGUAAUUUCUUAAGGUCCAUGUAUAUGAUGUCUUUUUACAAAAUAUCUGCUCCCUAUUUUAGAAUUCUGUCACUAUUUUUUUUCGUGUUGCUUGAUUGAAAGCUUAAACUCAGAGUUCUUGUUUCCUCUUCACUUUAAUUGGUGAGUGCUUGCCUGACAAUCAUAACAUUCAGAAAAAAUUUCUGUCAAAGUUGCAUAAUAUAUGGACAUAGUGUGUUUCCUCAAUAUGGCAGGAAAAUGCGCAAAAGAUAGCUGAAUUUUAUCAUCCCAUUCUCGAAUGAAGAAGAUUACCAUGCUGGUUUUCCCGGUCAUCCUGCAAGAAUUUUUGCACUAUUCUCAUGAUUUUAGUCCUAACUUUAACAUUCUUGGUUUACCAUUAAUACUAUGAUUUCCCUUUGGCAUUGGACAUUCCCCGUUUGUGUUACAGGCCAAAGGUGUAGGAAUUAGAAUCUGUAAUGAGUUUACUGACAGGGUCAUUGGCACUUUCUAAGCAUGUUGUUGAGGUCAUCAAAUACUUCAGUGUUACAGUCAGUUUUUGGUGAGUAUGCUGUAUCCAAUAUUAAAGAUCGAAUGUCAUCAAUCUCAUUUCUGGUCCUGAAAUUUGCAGGAAGUGUGUCAAGUCACUCGUAAGCCUGCAUUGUUUUAUGUCACAUGUGGUUAUACUUGUUGUAGUACGUGAGGCUAGAGGUUUUUACUGUGGAUGUGCUUCUAAUUCCUUUCGGGAUUGAAGAUGUUAGUGAUUUGUACAUGACCUAGACAGUGCGCUUAGAACUGGGCCAGCAGCAUACAGCAUGGAUCGUCACCUGUCACACAUCUAAACAAGGAUAAUUGGCUCAAGGUUUUGCAAAGAUAGCUGCCAAGAAUAUCAGAUUGUUAAGAUAAUUGUUUAGGUGCAUACCUCCACUCUGAAAGAGGCGGCGGCUUGGACAUGGGGAUGUUCAACUUAGCAGAUAGUAGUUUCCAGCCACAUUAUGAUGGUGUUUCCCUCAGUCGUGUUUGUCCUCCAAUUUGGGUCACACCAACUCUGUGCUGAGUUUUGGCCAUUUAUUUACCGUCCACAUUUUCUUGACAGACAUCCAUUGAUCCAUCAAAUCCAGUUACAUCUGCUGAUGUUCAUAAGAUUUUUGAGAAUCUUGCUCAGAAGUGCAGACGCAAAGCUUCAUUUGUUUUGGAUGUUCAAGAAUGUAGCAUAAUUUGCAGCUACACAUCUAGC